AUGUCUGUGUUCCGCACAAGCUUCCCUUCUUCGGGCGACCUGUCCCCGCUAUUCCGUUUGCUGGACGAUUACGACAGCCACCGUACCAGUCGCCAGCCUUCUUUACGCUCCUUCUCACCUCGUUUCGAUGUCCGCGAAACCGGUGAGGCUUAUCACCUGGAUGGCGAGUUGCCCGGCAUCGCGCAGAAGGACAUCGACAUUGAGUUCACCGACUCCCAAACUCUCACUGUGAAGGGUCGCACCGAGCGCGAGUAUCACACCGAAUCCCCGACGGAGACCGAUGGCGAAGGUACUGAGCAAAACCGCGAUGCCAAGUCGCAGUAUCGCUUCUGGGCCAGCGAGCGCGCCACCGGCGAGUUCCAGCGUACCUUCUCCUUCCCCACUCGUGUGGACCAGGAUGCAGUCAAGGCCAACUUGAAGAACGGUAUCCUGUCUGUUACAGUGCCCAAGGCUACUGCUUCUCCCGCCAAGAAGAUCACCGUGCAGUAA